AUGUCCGAUUUCACGGACGACGAAGAUCGACAGCUUGUUCAGUUAGCGCUGAUGUUCUCACGCAAUCGACGGCAGAUUCUAUGGGACAGACUUACCCAGCAGAUGAAAGGCACAAAGAAGUCCAAGGAGGCAUUGCGACAGCGUCUCAAGACUCUCAAACGUACGCAUGGCCGCAAUCUCGAGAAUUUUUCGGCUUGGUUUUUCAAAAAGAAGUUUGCGACGAAAGCAAACUUCCAUCGGCUUUGUCACGGCAUUGCCAACUCGAAGACGAUUCCCGAAGAGAACAAGAAAGUGCUGACACGAGGAAGUCAUUACAAACCCCACAAGUAUGCUGGAAGCAAAACGACGGUCGGUCUGGAAUUGAAUUGGACGCCUUCUAUCACUUCGCUGACUGAGCUGGAGGAGACUUCUUCAAUACCCCAGGUGUCUCCAUGUUUUCCAAAGUAUGGGAAGACCGAGCCACAAGCAGCCGCACCUGCUUCGCUGUUAUUACUGGCAUACGUUGCUACUCGAAACGUACGUGCGCUACAGGCACAAACACGCGUUAAUUUAUAG